AUGACACCAAGGUCAUCACAAUCCCUCGACUUACACCAAAGCGCACACGACACCUUCGCCAACGACACCAAGGUCAUCACAAUACCUCGACUUACACCAACGUGCACACGACACCUUCGCCUACGACACCAAGGGCAUCACAAUACCUCGCCUUACACAAACGCGCACACGACACCUUCGCUUACGACACCUUCACUUCCGACACCUUCGCUAUCGACACCAAGGGCAUCACUAUUCCUCGACUUACACCAACGCGCACACGACACUUCGCCUACGACACCAAGGGCAUCACAAUACCUCGACUUACACCAACGUGCACACGACACCUUCGCCAACGACACCAAGGUCCUCACAAUACCUCGACUUACACCACGAUUUACACCAACGUGCACACGACACCUUCGCCUACGACACCAAGGUCCUCACAAUACCGCGACUUACACCACGAUUUACACCAACGUGCACACGACACCUUCGCCUACGACACCAAGGUCCUCACAAUACCUCGACUUACACCACGAUUUACACCAACGUGCACACGACACCUUCGCUAUCGACACCAAGGGCAUCACAAUACAAUACCUCGACUUACACCACGACUUAAACCAACGUGCACAUGACACCUUCGCUAUCAACACCAAGGGCAUCACAAUACCUCGACUUACACCAACGUGCACACGACCCCUUCCACUACGACACCAAGUGUAUCACAAUACGUCGACUUACACCAGAAUGCACACGACACCUUCCCCAACGACACCAAGGGCAUCACAAUCCCUCGACUUACACCAACGUGCACACGACGCCUUCGCCAACGACACCAAGGGCAUCACAAUACGUCGAUUUACACCAGCGUGCACACGACGCCUUCGCCAACGACACCAAGGGCAUCACAAUACGUCGACUUACACCAACGUGCACACGACACCUUCGCUAUCGACACCAAGGGCAUCACAAUACGUCGACUUACACCAACGUGCACACGACACCUUCGCUAUCGACACCAAGGGCAUCACAAUACCUCGACUUACACCAACGUGCACACGACACCUUCGCUAUCGACACCAAGGGCAUCACAAUACCUCGACUUACACCAACGUGCACAAGACACCUUCGCCUACGACACCAAGGUCCUCACAAUACCGCGACUUACACCAACGUGCACACGACACCUUCGCCUACGACACCAAGGUCCUCACAAUACCGCGACUUACACCAACGUGCACACGACACCUUCGCCUACGACACCAAGGGCAUCACAAUACCUCGACUUACACCACGAUUUACACCAACGUGCACACGACACCUUCGCUAUCGACACCAAGGGCAUCACAAUACCUCGACUUACACCAACGUGCACACGACACCUUCGCCUACGACACCAAGGUCCUCACAAUACCUCGACUUACACCAACGUGCACACGACACCUUCGCCUACGACACCAAGGUCCUCACAAUACCUCGACUUACACCACGAUUUACACCAACGUGCACACGACACCUUCGCCUACGACACCAAGGUCCUCACAAUACCUCGACUUACACCACGAUUUACACCAACGUGCACACGACACCUUCGCUAUCGACACCAAGGGCAUCACUAUAACUCGAUUUACACCCAAGUGCACACAAUUUCCGUAUGAAAAAGAAUAA